AUGCGCCCUCCUCUUUCCGUGGCCUUAUCCCCGCCUCCGCGCCCACCGUCGCCGCGGCCUCCCCAGCCGCCGCCUCCCGCGCCGCUCCCCCCCCCCCCCCCCCCCCCCCUCACGGCCUCGUCGCCGCCUCCGCGCCUGCGCCGUCACGGCCCCACCAUCCGCCGCCGCCCGCGCUGCUCCCCUCCGCGGUCUCGUCGCCGCCUCCGCGCCCACGCCGUCGCGGCCUCGCCAGCCACCGCCGCCCGCGCCGCUCCUCCCCGCGGCCUCUACGUCGCCUCCGCGCCCGCGUCGCCGCGGCCUCUCCAGCCACCACCGCCCGCGCCGCUCCCCUCAGCGGCCUCGUCGCCGCCUCCGCGCCCGCCUCGUCGCGGCCUCGCCAGCCGCCGCCGCCCGCGCCGCUCCCCUCCGCGGCCUCGUCGCCGCCUCCGCGCCCGCGUCGUCACGGCCUCGCCAGCCGCCCCCGCCCGCGCCGCUCCUCUCCGCGGCCUCGUCGCCGCCUCCGCGCCCGCGUCACCGCGGCCUCACCAGCCGCUGCCGCCCGCGCCGCUCCCCUCCACGGCCUCAUCGCCGCCUCUGCGCCUGUGUCCGCCGUGGCCUCGCCAGCCGCUGCCCUGCUACCUCGCGCCGCUCCGCGACCUCGUCGACACCUCCCCACGGCCUCCGCACCCACGCAGCCCCACCAGCUGCCCCCAUCCGCAGCCGUCCCUCAUGGCCACCUCCAUACCCUCCCCCUCCCCCCUCCCUCCUCCUAUCGACAUUUCCUCCAUUGAUAAACUCCAACUUGCAGCCGACAAAUCUGCCAUUAACUGGCACUCGUUCGUCGGCAGCAUCCGCCGAGUCCUCAACGAUGCAUGGAUCCACCCCUACCGCGUCCUUGACGUCAUCCUCCGCCGCCCCCAUGCCCUCCCCCCCACCGAACCUGACCACCCCGACGAGACCCCUCCUCUCCCUCCUCCUCCUGGCGACCCCCCCCUUGAGCCCGAGCUCCAGAUCACCGCCGACCAGGCCACCGCAGAUGCUGAUUUCAUUAUGCGUCGCCGUGCUUACCUGAUCCGCAAAGCCGAAUACGAUGCAGCAGCUGAUGCCUACGCUCAGGCGGUGGCUGGCCGCACUGCUCACCUCGCCAUCGUUGCCAAAUACACCGACGAUAUGGCUACCUUCACCUCCAAGUUCAUCGCCUGGUCAGCCGCUGACAACCGAGCAUGCACUGUCAUCCUCGUAGACUAUGUCGGCCGCAUGUGCGAGGUAGCCGAUCGCCUCGAAGCCCGCCAAGCCGGCCUCUCCGAGCCCCUCCAAAUCCAUCGCCUCCUCUUCAACCUCACCCCUAACUAUGAAUCCCGCCUUCACGCCUUCACCGUAGCCAAUCCCAUGGCCGAUCUCGCUUCAGUUGAACAGUGGAUCAUUGAUACCGAAGUCAAGCUUCGCACCCCCAUGGUCAACCUCACCUCCUCCUCUCUCAACGCUACUCAGCCCCGCAAGCAGGGCAAAAGCAACGGCAAGGGGGGAGGUGGAGGCAAGGGAGGCAGCGGCCAGGGAAGCAGCGGCACAAGCAGCCGUGGUGGCUCCACUGGGGAUGAGCACGGCACCCCCAGUCAGAGCGGUCCCUCUGGGAACCACGCCCCCUGCCCUGGAACUCUCCCUCCCUGCACCUAUGUCCGUCGCUACGGUCCCCAGGCAGGGACACCCUGCGAUCAAACCACCCAUCCCCCUAACACCUGCUUCAAGGCUCUCGAUGAUGCCUGGUACGCACGGGGCAAUGUCGGCACACCUCCCCGCUGGGGUACCAUCUCCCCACGUCCCUCCCCUGCUGACAUCCAAGCCAACCCUGCCUACCUCCCAGCCCACCUCCGCCUCCUUGCUCCCCCCACGCCAUUCCUCAACGUGCAACAGCAACAUCUUCCGCAGCAACAGCAGCAGCUGUUUCAGCAGCACCAGCCGCAGCAGCAGCAGCAGCAGCAGCCGCAGCAGCAACUCCUUUGGGGACCCGGGCUCCCACCCUAG